GUAUUGCGAGUAUCGCAACACGUUGCACAAGAGCUCUACGUGCAGAUUCUACGUGCGCAGUUCUACGUGUGACGCAGCACAAAAAGUUAGAAAAACUUCAUAGAGCAUGGAAAAACCUAUAGUCCGGGCAAGAGUGGUGAAGGUCCUCGGCAGGACAGGUUCUCAAGGACAGUGCACGCAAGUCAAAGUGGAGUUUUUGAACGAGCAAAACAGACAGCUUAUCAGAAAUGUCAAAGGUCCGGUGCGCGAAGGCGACAUCCUGACGUUGCUGGAAUCCGAGCGAGAGGCCAGAAGACUCCGAUAAUGUGACGAAAUGAGACGGUUAUCGUUAAACAUAUGUAAUCGGCAAAAUUCCAUCUUCGAUUGAAGAAAUCAGAAACUUCGAAUUUUCCAGUCCUCGCGUACAUUGUGUCCAGUCGAGAAGAUGGAAGGAAAGGCUGUCAUUGCUUCUUGCUGUGACAAUCGUGUUAUUAUUUUGUACUUUCGCAAAUUUGCAACAAUGUAGGAAACACGUUUUACUUGUGCCUGAAAAUACGAGUUUCCUCGUCCCUACAUGUAACCAUUGUCCUCUUACAUUAUAGCGUGUCAAUAAAUAUUUCAUAUUAACUGUGA